CUCGUGCAUAAAAACCCAGUGCCUGGAAUGGUGAAAGGCAACAGCUGAGAGAAACCAAACUCCGAAGAGUCGCAAUGGCUUCCACUACAUUCCUGACUCUGCCUUCUGGCAAGAAGAUGCCGCAGCUGGGCCUGGGCACCUGGCUGUCUCCUCCAGGUAUUGUCCAGGGGGCCAUUGAAGUGGCGAUCAAAAACGGCUACCGGCAUAUCGACUGUGCCUACUUUUACGACAACGAGGGGGCCAUCGGGGAAGCUUUCGAGAAAGUGUUGAAGGAAGGGCCAGUGAAGAGAGAGGACCUUUUUAUUGUCAGUAAGCUGUGGAAUAGCUACCACGCUCCUGAAGAUGUGAAGCCAGCUCUCCUGGAAACCCUGAAGCUGCUGCGCCUGGAUUACCUGGAUCUGUACCUGAUGCACUCUCCCAUGGGCAUUAAGAACGUCAAGGGUGAUACCUUGCCCCAGAAGGAUGGGAAGGUUCUGCAGACUGAUGUCGAUUACGUGGACACGUGGAAGGCUAUGGAGAAGCUGGUGGAUGAAGGCCUGGUGAAGUCUAUUGGGGUGGCCAACUUCAACCAGUGCCAGUUGGAGCGGCUGCUCUCCAUCGCAAGGAUUAAGCCAGAUGUUCUCCAGGUGGAGCGGCACGUAUACCAGAUCCAGCGCGCGCUGAUUGCUUUCACCAAGGCCAAAAAGAUGGCCCUCACAGGAUACAGCCCCUUGACAUCCCCCAAGCGCCCCUUCCCUCCAGGUCCUCUGGAUCCUAAGAAUGGCAUGGAGGACCCUGUGGUGAAGGAGAUUGCUAAGAAGCAUGGGAAGUCCCCAGCUCAGAUUCUGAUCCGCUUCAACAUUCAGAGUGGCAUAGCCACUAUUCCAAAAAGCCAGACACCUGCUCACAUCAUCGAGAAUUCAAAGGUUUUUGAUUUCCGACUGACGGAUGAAGAAAUGAAAAAGCUGGAAUCGCUGCACUGUGGGGCACGGGCUGUGGCCUGGGACAUCUUAGGGAUGGGGACCCACAAGCACUACCCUUUUACCAAGGAUGAGUGAUUCUUCAAGCAACAGCGCUCACCCCUCCCAGGCUUCAAGGCAUGGAAAUAAUGGAGAUGGCUUCUGCAUUUUGCAUCUAACCAAAGCGAGUUGAUUCUGCUCUCCCAAGGCUGACUGCUCCAUGUCCUCGCUGUGUCUCAUGGGGCAUAAGUGAAAUGAGGACGAGUGGUUUGUCUGCAGUGAGGUCUGGUGCUUCUGCUUCCGCUGGACUUGACCCUGCCCCACUGACAGAGGAAGGGGGUGCGACAGGUGCGGCCUGCCCUAGGUGUCAUCCCUGAGGGGGGGUGACAUCACCAUGCCACCCCCCUGGGAGGCUAGCCCCACCCCCAAGAAAACAGCUAGCCCCGCCUCUGCCCUGCCCCACAUGUUGGAGUUUAAAUGCUUGACUUUAUAUGCACGCUCAGCUUUCCGCAUCGCACCUGCAGUUUGAAAAGUUCUGUAUGCUUGGGGUGAGGGAGAAUGUUAAGUGUGUUCCAUUUUCCCCACUCUGAAAGUUCACUGAAUGAAAAAAAUCAAAAUAUUCUCCCAUAGUACGA